CACCCGGAAGAUAUGAGCGUGCUGUUCACGCAUAGAUUUCCCCUAGUGACUUUUGUAGUUGGUGACGGAAACAGCGCGUGAGAAGAUCUCGACCACAAUAUCAAUAUCGAGCCGACAAAACAGAAAAAGAUAAACCUAACUCUCUCUCUCUCUCUUCACACUAAUUCUGUGUUCUUUCAUCAUCUCCGUCUCUUUCGGUUGAUUUGCUUGACACUUUCCUGAUCUAUCUAUACCUUAAAAUUAAAAUUCAGGAAAAUGUAUCCAUGUGGUUACGUUGCUGAAGUCACAAACUUGUCUCCUCGUGCCACUGAAAAAGAUGUUCAUAGUUUCUUCUCUCAUUGCGGAAUCGUCCAGCUCGUAGAGAUCACUGGAUGCCCAGGGGAUGAUGCCUUAACGGCCUAUGUAACUUUCAGAGAUGCGUAUGCUCUGGAUAUGGCCUUGUUACUUACCGGAGCUACGAUCGUUGAUCAAACCGUGUGGAUAUCAAUGUACGGUGUCUAUCUACACGAAUCUAAUAAUCGCACACGAGAAGGAGAUUACACUGUAACGGUGACUCAAAGUCGCGCGGACGCAUUUGCUUCAUCGCCUGGAGAAGCAGUAACCAUUGCUCAACAAGUCGUAAAGACAAUGAUAUCUAAGGGCUACGUCCUAAGCAAAGAUGUGAUUGGUAAAGCCAAAGCUUUGGAUGAGUCUCAGGGAUUCUCAAGCUUGGUAACGAACAAAUUGGCAGAGAUCGGUCGUUACGUUGGCCUAACACAGAACAUUCAGUCGAGUAUGGAAGUCGUGAGAUCGGCAGACGACAAGUAUCACUUCUCUGAUUUCACAAAAUCAGCGGUUCUUGUCACAGGCACUGCUGCUGUGGCUGCAGCCACCAUUACAGGGAAAGUGGCUGCUGCUGCCGCUACUACUGUGGUGAACAGUCGAUACUUUGCUAAUGGGGCUUUAUGGUUCUCAGAUGCCUUGGGCCGGGCUCCAAAAGCAGCGGCCCAUAUGGGUGGUGGUGGAAGCAGUUGAUUGUGUAUUUAUGUAUAAUCACAAUAUGAGAUGUUAAGCCGUAAAGAUGUUGUUCAAAAAAACAAGAACAUAAAUAUAUAAUAUAACAGAAUUUUCCUGUAUGUUAUAUCCGAAAUUGUAGACAUAAUUUUCCUGUAUGUUAUAUCCGAAAUUGUAGACACAAAUUUU